AUAUAUCUCCACAUUAUUAAACAUUUAUAGUUGGAAAGGAAUAAAAAAAUAAUAAUAAUAUAAUAAUGUACUUAUUCCAUUUAAUUACUUCGUGUAAAAUAUAUCACUUCACGUAUAUGAAUUUUGCUGCACAGAUCAUUAUUAACAUGUCCGCACUCACUUUCAAAAUUGUGUGUUAUUUAUAUAUGUCAAAUAUAUAUUGAAAACAAUGAGAAAGAUUCCUAUAACGCCUCAGAUGCUACGCGAAGCGGUAGAAAAAUUACAGAAGCGUCAACUUUUUGUUAGAUCAAAAAAUUUAAGAGAUUAUAUGCGAAGAUAUUAUCCGGUUGAACAAAAUGUCGAAGUUCUUGAGCAAGAAUUACAGAAAAAAUUGGAGUACGCUGUUUGCGUCGGACUACUCGCUGAACACGUAGACGAUCAUUAUUGUAUACCGACUUUACGCGAAGAAGCUAAUGCUGUUGAAACAGCAAUCAAUGCGUUUUGGAAAUUAUAUUAUAAAAACAAUAAUCAAGCGAUUAACAAGAGAAGAAGGAAAGUCGACAUCUAUGCUCGUAGACAAUCGUUGUCGCAAAAAUAUGAAAAUUCUUCUACUAGCGAUGAAACCGAUGAACAAUGAAGACGAUUCUUUCUAAAUAAAUUUUAUUGUUGUACAAUUUUACUUACAUAUUGUAUCAGCAAUUAUAAAUACACAUUGCAUAUAUAUAACAUUUUCUUUUUCAAAAAAGAAAUGUAAUUUAUAUACGAUCAAACUCCUCUAUUCUCGACAAGUUGCGAAACCAGACUUUCUCUCUACUCUUGCUCUCUUCAUCUAAUACGGAACAUUUUGCUAAGAAUACGAAAAUCAAGAAAUAUAUAUAUAUAUAUAGAAGUUCUACCGCAUACAGAUAUGUAUAUACU